AUGGCUAAACAAUUCACGUUUGGUGGAUAUGAUCAACAGAUGCCAUGCGAUCUACGAAAGUUUCAAAAUUGUCCCGACGAUCGUAUCGCAAUUAUAAAAUAUUACUACACUAUUAUUGCAUCGAAAAAGAUUCGUGGAAAUUCGAAUUACGCUCUUAAUUUAAGCAUUCAUGAUACAAAAUGUGACUUUGAUGAGCCAGUUGUGGUCCGCGUAUCAAUCGAAGAUGGAAAUGAUAGAAAUGGCUAUAAAAUUCAUCGUGAUGUUACAAUCAAAGCAAAAACAACCGAAAUUGUUUCGAUUCCAAUUGGUGAUCUGUCACCCGAAGCAGACUGUAAACUCGUUGUGAUAGGUAUUACUGGUGUUACUAUGCGACACGAAGUAGAGCUGGAUCUUCAAACUCAAACACAUACAAUUCUCAUUCAAACGGACAAAGCCAUUUACAAACCAAAUGACUGCAUCAAAUUCCGAGUAUUGGUUCUUAAUUCAGAGCUAAAGGCAGCCACAAUCGAUCAAAAUGAACUGAUUAUUUCAUUCGAUGAUCCCUGCCGCAAUAUUAUGAAAAAAUGGAAUGGCGUGAACACAAUGCAUGGUGUAUUUUCGGGCGAAUUUCAACUGUCAGACGUACCAAAUUUCGGUGAAUGGAAAAUUACAGCUGCCGUUGGCGAUCAGAUAAAAAUAGCCGUAAUUGAAGUGGCCGAAUAUGUUUUGCCCAAAUUUGAGGCAAUUAUUGAUUCGUCUGAUAAUUUUACAGUUGAAGAUGAGAAGUGGUCUGAUGUGAAAAAUUACAAAAUCAAAGUUGAAGUGACUGAAGGCCUAACGGGACUGACACAAACAGCCGAUAAAACGAUCAAAGUCCACAGGGAUACCUAUAAAAUCACCAGUAAUCUUAAAAAUCGACCACAACGCGAUGCUCCCUGCGACAUUAAGAUUUCUGUGCGAAAAAAUAAUGGCACGACGCUCACGUUCCUCGAUCCAAAGAAAAAAAAGAUCAAAGUGUUCAUAGAACAUAUUCAAAUUCAUGAAUUUCCCCUGAAUACGUUGUGGAACAAAAAUAUAAUAGAAAGCAUUUAUGAAUUGGAUGAGAGCGGUGAUGCUAAUUUUACGGUGGAUGUUGGUAAGAAUGAUAUUGAAUUUUCAUUGAAGGUGAAAUAUUGCGGUCAAGAAACAAAUAUGGGAAUGUUCCAUGUUGAUACAUCAGUCACGGUAGCUCCACGCAUUACUUUGCAAGCGAAAGUCUUAACGCCAAACUGCUCCAUCAAUAAAUCAAUCGAAAUCGAGGUCAUCUCACACUAUCCCCUUCCAUCAUAUACUUAUCUGAUCGUUUGUCAUGGGAAAAUCAUCGAAACGAAUACCUUCGUAUCUUUCUUGGCUGACCCAGUUGACACUGAAUAUAGACAUCGAUUCACAAUCAUGCCCACUUUUGAUUAUGCACCACAGGCUCAAAUUAUCGUUUACUGUGUGAGAGAUCGCGAAAUUGUCACGAGCACUGUAACACUUGACCUGCACGACGAUUUAAAAAAUUACAUUGAAUUAGAUGUUGCAAAUACGGCUAAGCCUGGCGAAAUCGUUGAUAUUAAUGUAAAAAGUAAUCCACAUUCAUAUAUCGGUUUGCUUGGCAUCGAUAAGAGUGUAAUGAUUUUACGUGGUGGAAAUGAUUUGACACAUGAUGAAAUCUGGAAGGAAUUGAAAAUAUCUCGUUCAAAGGUUAAACGACGAAGAUACAAUUCAACAAGACAUUGGCCUCAUUCCGGUGCAUUGCAAGAUUUUGAAAGAGCAAAUCUAAUCACGCUUACAAAUACGAUUGAACCGACCCAAAACAUAUAUGAAUAUAUGCCAAUGAGUGCUACAGUAAGUGCCGGAGCGGAAUGUUACGGAAAUUUUAUAGAAAAGAGUCACAUGAAACCAAUUAUUCGCAAUGAUUUUCCAGAAACGUGGGUUUGGGAUUCGAUUACGGACAAAAGUUUCAAUGGGUCGCUAAAUCUCAAGCGAAAAGUUCCUGAUUCUUUAACAACGUGGGUGUUAAGCGGUUUUUCAAUCUGUCCAAUCAAUGGUUUGGCAUUAACGAAAAAACCAUCGGAACUAUGUGUUCAACAGCCCUUCCAUGUUUCGCUUAAUUUACCAUUUUCAGUGAAGCGUGGUGAAGUUCUAACGCACAAUGAAUUUGAGUUUGUGGAUGCAAGUGUCGAUGAUAAAAUCUAUCCAGAAAUUAGAAAACAAACAUCUCGCAAAAAGAAACUGACCAUUCUUUCUGAUGAUGCGAUGAACGCAUUCUUCACCAUUCGUCCGACCAAAGUUGGUGUGAUUUCGUUGAAAGUGUCAGCCAUAUCUGAAACAGCAAGUGAUUGCCUGAUCAAGACACUGAAUGUUGAGUGUGAGGGUGUGCCACAAUUCGUGAAUAAGGCCGUAUUUGUGGAUUUACGUGAAAAAUCUCAAAUCGAACCAAUCGAUGUGGCAAUCGAAAUUCCAAAAACUGCACUGCCCGAUUCAACGCGCAUUGAAAUCACUUGUGUGGGCGAUUUACUUGGUGGCACCAUCAAGAACUUACAAUCACUGAUACGCAUGCCGUUUGGCUGUGGCGAACAAAAUAUGUUAGUUUUGGUGCCGAACAUUGUUGUUUUGAAUUAUCUAAAAAACACGCUCCAACUAAACGCCGAGAUCGAAGCAAAAGCAAAAAAAUAUAUGGAAAUUGGAUAUCAACGAGAAUUGAGCUACAAACACAAAGACGGUUCAUUCAGCGCCUUUGGAGAUUCGGAUGAAAGUGGCAGCACGUGGCUCACAGCGUUUGUAGCCAGAUCUUUCCGACAAGCAGCUGAACACAUUACCAUUCAAGAUGAUAUUAUUGACGAGGCGCUGAAAUGGUUGAGUGAAGCACAAUCUGAAGACGGUAGCUUUGCAGAGAAAGGAAGCAUUUGCCAUAAGGAAAUGCAGGCUGGAUCUUCCAAUGGUGUUGCACUAACAGCCUAUGUUUUGACAGCAUUUUUGGUGAACAAGUCGAUUAAGAACUGUUCAGAUGUAUACGCAUUGGCUGUAUCGGCGUAUGCUUUGGAAUUGGCUGGUCAUGAUUCCAAGAAGGAUGUGUUGGUAGCUCUGAAGCAACUGGUUAAAUCCAACGAGAACUAUAAAUGGUGGGAUAAAUCGAUUGAAAUCAAAGAUUGGUAUCGCGAUUCAAAAACACUAAGCGUUGAAAUAACUUCAUAUGCACUACUGACAUUGAUGUUGAAUGAUGAAGACGAAUGCCUUCCGAUUUUGAAAUGGUUAUUGACUCAACGUAAUGACAUAGGUGGAUUCGAAGGAACGCAAGACACAAUUGUAGGCAUCGAAGCAUUGGCCAAAUUCGCUUCAAAAAUUGCUACCAAAGACACAGAUAUGAAAAUUACUAUUGAAGCACCAAAUACCAUCAAUUUCAAUGUCAACAAAGACAAUGCAUUGACCCUUCAGUCCCAAAAGUUGGCUCCAGACGCCGAUUCGGUGCGCAUAAAGGCGAGUGGCAAAGGAUUUGCAUUAUUGGAAGUUGGAUAUCGUUAUAACAUCAAUACACCGGAAACCGUAACCGCAUUUUCGCUGAAACCAAGUGUUAAACUGCUGGGUGAUGAUCACAUCACUCUUGAAAUCAACACCAGUUAUAAUCCGCCCAAAG